GCGGCAUGGCAUGGCAUGGCACGACACGGUAGGCAGGCAGGCAGGCAGACAGGCGAACGUUCGCGCAGACUCGGUCGUCUUCGUGCUCCCGCCGGGGUUUCCGCAAAGAGAAAUAAAGAAAGGAAGGUGGCGAAGCGCGCGCGAGCGAGUCCCGUGCAAAAAUCAUUAAAACGCGUGCUCGUUUCGCGGCCGCGGCUCACGUCGUGUUAAUUCCGGCCCGGUGGUUUAUUAGCGGGCGAUAGGGACGACUAUCGCCUCGGCCACACCGCUCGCCCGCGCGCGGUGUGGCAUCCUCUCCUCAGGUCGGAACCUCUCCUUCCACCCGGCUAUUCUCCACCCGGAGACCGCGAGGAUACCCUUCGUCCUGCGGUGUCUCUUACAUGUACAGUCACCACGGGCUCUGGGACGGUCUGGGUAGCAGCGAGGCCACGCGCGUCAACAUGGAGUGGACCCGCGACAAGACUCUGGAGUUGCUGCGCGAGUAUCAGCAGCGGCGCGUCCUCUGGGACUGGAACGCCCGUGGCUACCGGGACCGCGCAAAGCGCAAGCGAGCGAUCCAGGAGCUCGCCGAGAUCCUCUGUUGCAACACCCUCGAGGUCGAAAAGAAGAUCACCAAUCUCAAGUGCCAGUACUCGCGGGAGGUGCACAAGAUACAGAACAGCCGCGACUCUGCCACCGGCCCCGACGAUGUAUACGUCUCCAAGUGGUUUGCCUUCAAGGCCAUGCAGUUCCUACAAUUUGGCACGCGUAGAUACAGCAAGAGGAAGAAGAAAGUUGAGGAGGAACCGAAACUGCAGGAAGAGUAUAUUGUGAGCGACAUCGAUCCGGAGAGUAUAACGUUCACGGAUUGCAACGAGGAGACAAACGGUUCCGGUACUGGUUCCUUCAACGCCUCGCUGAGCGAGGACGCCGAAGAGUCCUCGUCGUCCAGUCUAAAAGCGAUGGAGCUCUACAAUGGCUCUCUGCCGAUGAGCCAGGACGGUUCGCCAGCCGAUCUCGACGAGUCUACCGGGCAGACGAAGCCACGCGCGCCUCGCGUCCUGGAUGAGAAGGAACGGAAGAAAACGAAGGAGGAGUUUGCCAAGUUUGGCGAGAGCAUCGCCGUUCAACUCGCCGAGAUCCCCGACUCCUAUUCAAGAUCGGUCGCCAAGCUCAGGAUCAAUCAGAUCCUCUUCGAGGCGGAGAUCGGGAUCUACGCGCAAACGCAUCGCUAAUGAGUCGGUUUGCCGAGAUCAGCACGACGUGGAGGAU